AUGGCUAUUAUUUAUGGCCAGCAAUUCUACUGUCAACAAUGUCGCUGCAAAUGGGACGCCAAUAAGUCAGCCACAACAGCAGGAAGUGUUAUUUGUGCAACAACAACAACAGCAACGGCAGCAGCAAGAGUGCAACAGCCGCCUAAUCCGAUAUUUCCCGCCAUGCCGCUAUCGGCACCCACAACAAACGCCGCCACUCAGUUGUUACCUGAAGCUGCUAAAACAGCUGCAGAGGAUCUUACAACAUCAGCGCUACCAAAUGGAGAAAACUAUUUAUUUUUUGCAGAUUAUUCAAACGACACCCUAGACUUUGCAGAAAACUCAAUCAGUGACGAAGCCGAUGAGAAGCUGCCCAGCGAGAUUCAAAAAGCUGUUUGUACAGUGACUGCAGGUGAAGUACGUGCAAGCGCAGAAGCUGUUACCACGAAAAAGCUCAAAGGUGUUUGUGGAUCGGCUGAGCUUAAGUUAGCCUUUAGUGAUUUGGAAGCUAAACUCUAUAAGGAAUUACAAGAAAUAAAAACACUGCUGCAAUACAUAACGCAACAGCAGGGCAUAAAUGUGCCACAAAUGCUUGGGUCAAUGGGUGUUACAAGAAUACCGCAAACGCAGUUAAAUAGUGUUACAGCAACAAACCCCUACUCGAGCACUUCACCAAUAUCACCAGCUACAACACCACAGUCACCGCCAACUACAACGCGCACGCCACAGCACAAACCUUUAGCUAGUAAUAAACCGACUAAAGCCACUAAACCGAAUUUCCAACCCAUCAUAGAGCCUAAGA